AUGGCGUCUCGUACGAAGCUGUCUCUAGCAAUUGUGUGCUUAGUGGUCGGAGGCUUGGUCCCGGUGGUAUGGGCUGGUGAGAACAACUGCACAACCUCUGCACCGAUCGAGCUAACCAGCGAGAAUCUGACUGUGCCCGGAAGGUUCGCCUGGAACGACAGCCUGAUGAUCGAUCCGAACGGAUUCACCGGAAAAGCACCGUUGCUGAACAGUGGCGUAUGGACGUGGAUCACAACCAUCUUCGGCAUGCCGGUAUUCAGCGUUUUCGCGUACCGAGCUGCUCCUCGCAACUGUGUGCCUUGUUCGUGCGGUACUAAUAGCAACAACUCGAAGAUCGUCGGAGGUCACGAAGCCGAAAUUGGGCGUUAUCCGUGGAUGGUAGCGUUGUACUACAACAACCGGUUCAUUUGCGGAGGAUCGCUUAUCAAUGAUCGAUACGUCCUGACAGCGGCACACUGCGUGUUUGGCAGCGAUCGAUCACGGUUCCGAGUGAAGUUCCUGAUGCACGAUCGGACGGUACCGAAAGAGGACUCGUUCGAGCGCAAGGUGUCCUACAUUAUGACCAACUGGUUCCUGAACGUGCUCUUCUUCAUCACGAACGAUGUCGCGCUUUUGAAGCUAAGUGAACCGGUUCCGCUGGGUGAAACGAUCAUACCGGUGUGUUUGCCCCCGGAGGGAAACACAUACGCCGGCAAGGAGGGUGUCGUGACUGGGUGGGGUAAGCGAGGUGAUGGAUCUUUCCCAAUGCGACUGCAGGAAGUGCGUGUACCGAUCCUAGACAACGAGCAGUGUCACAAUCAGACGCAGUACUACCGCUUCCAGAUCAACGAUCGCAUGAUGUGUGCCGGGAUUCCCGAAGGAGGCAAAGACUCCUGCCAAGGCGACAGUGGAGGACCGAUGCACGUGUUCGAUGCUGAUGCGAACCGGUUCGUGAUCGCGGGUGUCGUAUCGUGGGGCUUCGGAUGCGCUCAGCCAAGGUUUCCGGGGAUCUACGCCCGCGUGAACCGGUUCAUUUCGUGGAUCAACUUCAACACUCGCGAUGCCUUAUGCGGUGUCGGUGGACGUACUAAUCGCAUCGUUGGUGGAACUGAAACUACGGCUCAUCAGUUCCCGUGGCUGGCGGGGCUUUUUCGGCAGGGCAAGCUGUACUGUGGUGCGUCCGUGGUUUCGCGCAACUUCCUCGUCACGGCGGCUCAUUGCGUGAACUCGUUCGAACCUAGCGAAAUCAGGGUUUACCUCGGUGGUCACAACAUCGCCAAGGACUACACGGAGCUGCGGCGCGUGAAACGCAUCAUCGAUCACGAGGACUUUGACAUCUUCACGUUUAACAACGACAUCGCGCUGCUCGAACUCGACAAACCGCUGCGUUACGGGCCCACCAUUCAACCGGCUUGUCUCCCGGAUGGAAGUGUUAUGGAUUUCACCGGCACGCUAGGUGUCGUGGCCGGAUGGGGACGCAUCGAGGAAAAGCGGCCUCCUUCCAAGACGCUUCGAUCGGUGGAAGUUCCCAUCUGGUCGCAUGAGCAGUGUCUCGAAGCAGGCUACGGAAGCAAGAAAAUCUCCCCCAACAUGAUGUGUGCCGGGUACCACGAUGGCCAGAAGGACGCCUGCCAGGGUGAUAGCGGUGGUCCGAUGCACAAGAUGGGACUGUUCGGUAGCAUGGAGGUGAUCGGUGUCGUAUCCUGGGGCCGAGGAUGCGCUCGUCCGAAUCUGCCCGGAAUUUACACGCGACUCGUCAACUACUUGCCAUGGAUCCACGAGAAGCUUGCCCAGGAGUUAGCGCUUGUUCUGCUUCUCGGAAGUGUGGCCAAAGUGGAUGGGCAGCAGCCUUGGAACGAUACCGAACUGAUCGGUCGUCAUGGGCGGUUUCUUUUCGACACGCUGUUUGGGCUUAACACGGCUGCUUUUUCCCUCGACGACGACGAUGACCUGACCAACAAUCAGGUGAAGAGCUGUGACUGUGAAUGUGGUGCCGCUAAUCAAGAAAUACGGAUAGUAGGUGGACGACCAACAGGAGUAAAUCAAUAUCCCUGGCUGGCACGCUUGGUUUACGAUGGCCAGUUUCACUGUGGAGCAUCGCUACUAACAAGAGAUUACGUCCUGACAGCGGCGCAUUGCGUUCGACGUUUAAAGCGCAACAAGAUUCGAGUGAUACUGGGCGAUUACGAUCAAUUCAUUGCUUCUGAGACCCCGGCGAUCAUGCGUGCGGUCACAGCGAUCAUACGGCAUCGCAGCUUCGACCAGAACUCGUACAACCACGACAUUGCUUUGCUGAAGCUUCGCAAGCCCGUCGAAUUCACCAAAACCAUCCGUCCGGUGUGUCUACCCAAGGAGCGCAGCGAACCAGCUGGUCAACUGGGUACAGUAGUCGGUUGGGGCAGGACCUCCGAGGGUGGCACACUGCCGGCGUUGGUGCAGCACGUGGACGUGCCAAUCCUGACGCUUGAUCAAUGCCGCAGUAUGAAGUAUCGCGCAUCGCGUAUAACCUCCAACAUGCUCUGUGCCGGUAAAGGAAAGCAGGACUCGUGCCAGGGAGAUUCCGGCGGGCCACUUUUGGUGCGAAACGGGGAUAAACACGAGAUCGUCGGUAUCGUAUCGUGGGGCGUGGGAUGUGGACGGGCAGGUUAUCCUGGGGUGUACACACGAGUGGCACGCUACCUUCCCUGGCUACGGGCCAACCUGGACGACACCUGCCUCUGCUCAAAAACCGGAAUGGAAGUGAGCAAUUUAGCACGAAGCAUAAUGAAUCUGCGCAUCAACGUCUCGAUGUUUGGGUCGGUGUUUAUCGCGCUGUUGCUGGUGGGACUGCUGCCCGAUGAGGCCACCGGGAAGCUGUUGGCUCAGGGCAAGUACGAGAUGCUGGCGACACCCAACAAAAACACCGACGAGCGCAGCAUAGUCGACAACAUGAAGAUGCUGUUUGGAGGUGGAAGCAACCGUGCUCCUAUCCAUGAUACACCCGCUAGUGCCUGCAGCUGCCGAUGUGGUGAACGAAACGACGCUUCGCGGAUCGUCGGUGGACAGGCGACGGGUGUGAACGAGUUCCCGUGGAUGGCUCGACUGAGCUACUUCAAUCGGUUCUACUGCGGUGGAAUGCUCAUCAACGAUCGAUACGUCCUGACGGCGGCCCAUUGCGUCAAAGGCUUCAUGUGGUUCAUGAUCAAGGUGACAUUCGGUGAACACAACCGGUGCGAUGACUCUGUACGGCCGGAAACUCGCUUCGUGCUGCGAGCGAUUGCGCAGAAAUUCAGCUUCCUGAACUUCGACAACGACAUCGCGCUGUUGCGACUGAACGAUCGUGUACCCAUAACGGACUUUAUUCGACCGAUCUGCUUGCCGUCUGAUCCCGAUAACGCGUACGUCGGCACAAACGGCACAGCUACUGGUUGGGGCACGCUCAAGGAAGAUGGCAAGCCUUCCUGCGUCCUGCAGGAGGUCGAGGUGCCAGUCCUGUCAAACGAGGUGUGUAGCACGCAAACGAACUACACCGCCUCCAUGAUCACGGAUAACAUGCUGUGCGCGGGCUACCUCGGUGUGGGUGAGAAGGACUCCUGCCAGGGUGACUCCGGUGGUCCGUUGAUCGCAGAACGUGAGGAUAAACGCUACGAACUGAUCGGCGUGGUGUCCUGGGGCAACGGGUGUGCUCGACCCUACUACCCUGGUGUGUAUACGCGCGUGACGCGCUACCUCGACUGGAUCCGCGAGAACUCCAAGGACGGGUGUUUCUGCAGCGAAUGA